UAUGUGCCUCACAUUUAACUAUUUUUAAGGAGUCAUAAAACAACAUAUACCAAUCUUUCUAUUCAAUCUAGUACUCUCUAACAAUGGAACCCUUAUCUCUUCAAUUUCUUCUAUUACUUUCCCUUUUUUCUUUCUGUCUCUACCUAUACUUUCUCUACUCUUCACAAGCCAAAACCACCAAGAAAGGUUUCAAAACCUACCCUAUACUAGGAGCUUUGCCUGAAUUCUUGAAAAACCGCCACCGUUUCCUCGAUUGGACUACCGAAGUGCUCGGUCAUUGUCCGACUAACACGGCUGUUUUUCGCCGGCCGGGUAGAGUCCACGGAAUCAUCACAGCAAACCCUUUGAAUGUUGAGUAUAUUCUCAAGACAAACUUUGACAACUAUCCUAAAGGAGAGAGAUUUAUUUCUCUUCUUGAAGACUUUCUUGGCCAAGGAAUCUUUAACUCUGAUGGAGAGUUAUGGAAAGUUCAGAGAAAGACUGCGAGCUACGAAUUCAACACCAAGUCACUCAGGAAUUUUGUGAUGGAAAAUGUUCGGAUUGAGAUUUCGACAAGACUCUACCCGAUUCUUUCCGGAGCAUCGGAAACGAAUCAAGUGUUGGAUUUGCAGGAUAUAUUAGAAAGGUUUGCUUUUGAUAAUAUAUGCAAACUUGCUUUCAAUGUCGAUUUUGAUUGCUUAGGAGGUAAUGGAAAUGCUUGCUUGAAGUUUAUGCGUGCAUUUGACGAAGCUGCUAUAAUUAGUUCGCAAAGAUUUAUGUAUGCUCUUCCAUUCUUAUGGAAAUUCAACAAGUUUUUCUUGUUAGGAUCCGAAAAAGUAGUCAAAACAUCGAUCGGGAUUGUUCAUGAAUUUGCAGACGAGAUUAUAAGGUCAAGAAUGGCGAAAAAAAUAGAUAAUGAAGACCAAGAUUUACUAUCUCGAUUCGCUGGAGACCGUGAUAACUCGCUAGAAUUUCUUCGAGAUAUUGUUAUAAGCUUCAUCCUAGCAGGCCGAGACACUACAUCCUCAGCUCUGAGCUGGUUCUUUUGGCAAAUAUCAUUAAACCCGCAAGUGGAAACGAACAUAAUCGAAGAGCUCGAACACAUUAGAGCAAAGAACGGUAAACACAUAGAUGAUCAUACUUACACCUUUGAAGAGCUUCGUGAAAUGCAUUAUUUACAAGCAGCUAUUUCCGAGACGAUGAGAUUGUAUCCUCCAGUACCGGUGGAUACAAAAGCUUGUCGGAAUGAUGAUUAUCUGCCUGAUGGUACAUUUGUAGGAAAACAUUGGUUCAUAUCGUACCAUACAUAUGCAAUGGGCAGAAUGGAGAGCAUAUGGGGAAAGGACUGCGGUCAAUUUAAGCCGGAAAGAUGGCUCGACGAGGAUAGGAUAUGUAGGCAAGAAAGCCCGUUUAAGUUUCCGGUAUUUCACGCCGGUCCGAGGAUGUGUUUAGGUAAGGAUAUGGCUUAUAUUCAAAUGAAAUCGAUAGCUGCUUCGGUGAUCGAGAGGUUACAUAUUAAUGUACAGAACAAAGAGAAAUGUCCUGAGCAUUUGUUGUCUUUGACUCUUAAAAUGAAAGGGGGCAUGCAUGUCAAGGUCAAGAAAAGAUGCAAAAAACUAGCUAGUAUUUGAGCUUCAAAAAACUGAAAUAUAUACAAGUUAUUAAAAAACCAAAUAUAUUAGUGGACAAACUUGAUGUAAAGUAUAAUUGCUUUCGUAAAAUAUUUUACGUUCAACA